AUGGCCACGCCGAGUAAGGACUCGAAGCCCAAGCCCAGCGUCUUGCGCUCUAUUCUCGCGGGCUCCACCGCUGGAGCCGUGGAGAUCGCAAUUACCUAUCCAGCCGAGUUCGCGAAGACCCGAACACAACUCAAUCGCCGACUACCUGACGGUCAGAAAUUACCAUGGCCGCCAUUUGGCUCUCAGUGGUACGCAGGGUGCACAACUCUCAUCAUUGGCAACUCUCUCAAGGCUGGAAUCAGAUUCGUGGCAUUCGAUGCGAUCAAGGCCACUCUUCAAGAUGAGAAUGGCAAGAUUUCGGGACCACGAACAGUUGUGGCUGGCUUCGGUGCAGGCUUCACCGAGUCUCUCCUUGCGGUCACACCUUUCGAGAGUAUUAAGACUCAACUAAUUGAUGAUCGAAAGGCAGAAAAGCCGCGCAUGCGCGGGUUUCUUCACGGUAGCCGCAUCAUUUGGCAAGAGAGAGGCAUCCGUGGCUUCUUCCAGGGCUUUGUACCUACUACAGCGCGCCAAGCAGCUAACUCAGCCACUCGGUUCACUGCCUAUACCACCCUGAAGCAGCUUGCGGAGGGCUAUGUUGCCCCAGGAGAAAAGCUGGGUACUCUUAGCACAUUUGCGAUUGGAGGAAUCGCGGGUAUCAUCACUGUUUAUGUGACCCAACCCUUGGACACUGUUAAGACAAGGAUGCAAUCUAUCGAGGCCAGCAAGAAUUACAAGAAUAGCUUCGCUUGCGCAGCUAGCAUAUUCAAAAAUGAAGGCUUCUUCACAUUUUGGUCUGGUGCCGUUCCCCGGCUGGCCCGACUGAUCCUAAGUGGUGGAAUUGUAUUUACCAUGUAUGAGAAGUCUAUGGAGUUGAUGGAUGUUGCGGAUCCUCAGCGUAAGUAUCUCUAG